AUGAACACCAAAGAUUUUGUAGUUAUCCCAUGGGGCAAACCUGGAAAUUCUGUAAAGCUAAAAUAUAAAAAUGCUCAAGAACUACGAAUGGAGAAAAUACAGUUAGAAUUGGAGAACGAAGAGAUGAAAAAGAAAUUCAAAGAAUUUCAAUCCACAAGGAGCAAAGAAAGGGAAGAAACACAGUCAAGUGGAUAUCAUUGGAAAUCUGGAAAAGUGGGUAGAUUGGGCAAUCAGUCACGCACAAUGUCACAAAAUAAAGGAAAUGCAAUUAAGUUUCCUGGUGGAAAACUGAAAUUAAAAUUACUGAAGCACGAGAGUCAAGAGACAGUAAGACAGCCAGUUAAGCACAAGAUGGCAAAUUCUCCUGGAAGUGAAAAACUCAAGACAAAAGGGAAGACUUGUGGACAGUGUGAGAUAAAAUCUGCUCUCCUAGUAUGCCUUGAAUGUGGUGAAGAUUAUUGUACAGGCUGCUUUGCUAAAAUUCACCAGAAGGGGGCACUCAAGCUCCACCGAACAACACUUUUACAGUCAAAAUCUCAGAUAUUGUCCAGUGUAUUGGAUGUUGCCCAUCGAUUCAUAAAAGAAGUGAAUCCGGAUGAAGCUAAACGAGGGAAUAUCUCAAUAAAAGAGGCCAAUAAAAGCCAGAGUAGGCCCACAUCCCCACCUGUGUGGACCAGCAGCUCCGAGGUAAAAAGAAACAAGACGGAUCGAGGGGAAUGCACAAGUCCGGGAGACCAGCUCCUGUGUGAAGGAGUUUUUGAUGAAGUAGCUUCUGCCCAAUAUUUCCAAGAAGCGUUAAACCAUUGGAGAGCUGGAAAUUCUGACAACAAGGAGAAGCAGAACUCACAGGCAGGAAAACCAGCCUCAUCGGAAGAAUGUGAAGUGCAAACUAAUCUGAAAAUUUGGAGUGAACCAAUUAAUAUCGAAUUUGCUGAGGACAGUCUAUCAUAUAUGGAAAAAUUAUGGCUUAGAAAACACAGAAGAACGCCGCAGGAGCUGCAGAGCACACAGUCCGAUCCUGUCACCUGUGUGCGAGAGACAACUAGCGACGCAGAGUGCUCCUGGAAUGAAAAAGAGGACAAAGAAGACAAUAGUGAUGAUGAGGAGAUCAAAAUACAGUAUCCUACUCCUUUUCUGCCAAUAGAAGAAAUAAAAUUAGAGAGAUUUGAGCCAUCGCUAACGAUAAUAGAAUUGGAUGAUACUUGUGAAGAGGAACUGGAAGAACAGGGAAAUGCUGUGCCUUACAAAGUUGAACUGGUUGAUUCAGACAGUCAACUAAGUUUUAUAUUUCCUGAUUGUCAGAAGAGUGGUUUUCCCUAUGAAAUCGACAUCUAUCAACAUCAUGUUACAAACAAGGGGAAAACAGACUUCUCAAGUUUUUGCCUGAGAAGCAGCUCUUCUCAAAGCAAAGUUAAUUUCCAAGCGGGCCUGUCAGAGACAGAUGCUGACAGCACCGUGGAUAAACAUGUUCAUUCAUUUGACAUGGACAACCCAGGGGAAAGUAGUACUCACGCAAGAGAUGGAAGAGAAAAAUCUAUCAGCAUGGAAAGUAACAAAACACCGAAUGAUGGCUGUGCGGCACUGGUGAGCAAGGACUCCUUUGUCAGAAUCGAUGUGAAUACACCUUCCAUGGAGGAGAAGUCAUGUGACGACAUAGUUCCAGGGGAAUUCUCCGAGUGCAGCAACCUGCAUGGAAGGCCUCACCUGGGAGAUUCUAAAGCUCCAAAGUCACCACCGCUGCACUUACCAUCAGCUAACUCAACAUCAAAUGAAGAGCAACUUUUAUUGAUGAGGAAGAAUAGUGAAAUUUUAAGAAGCUAUAACAAAAUCGAUAUUCUAAUUGUUCAACUUUUGGUGGAACAGUUGUUAAAAGAAAUAGCCCUCAGAAGUAAACCUAUAACUGAACAAUACCAAGGACUUGAGAGAUUCUUUACUGUUAAUAACGAUGAAAGACUCAACUUACCUCCUUCUCAUGAAAGCUUAGAAAGCAACCAUUCCUCUACCCAGGUUAUGAUCACAGGAGGCAAAGAAUGGGUUCCAGACAGGAGUAUAAGUUCGCAUGUGGACAGUGUGGUUACCUCAGGUGUUGUGCAGAAUCCAUCACCAAAUAUGAAGUCACAAAAGAGGGUUCAGAAAUCACAUCGACCUUCAACAGCAAAUUUGCCACUUUCCAACUCUGUUAAGAAAAGUUCCUGCCUUUUAUCCCCUCGUCCUCGAUCCAGCACAAUUGCUGCCGGGCCACCAUCUAGAGCAGCUUCUGCAAUCUCCGAAAUUGAGUAUGUUGAUAGGACAGAGCACAAUGAGCCUUCCUUAGAUAACGCUGCAGAUCUGCAAGCCUUAGACUCCCUACAAGAAGAGUUAAACGUGCUGAGAAAUCUUGCAGAUCCUUCAGAAAGAUUUAGCAGUCCAGCCUCAGAAGAGCUACCAGCGUCCAACAAUGACUGGCUGAAUAGAAGGCAGAGUUCCCCCGAGUUUCUUAACACCUCCUUUGCAAGAGAGUCCUGCUCCAUGGAGGAAUUAAGCUUUUCGGGAAAAGAUUCCCAAAUGCGAUCUUUGCUGUCACUUUCUGGGAGCAGCACGGAUGAGGAGGAAGAAGAUUUUCUUGACAAGCAACAUGUCAUCAAACUCCCAUGGUUAAAGAAGAUUUAA